CUCAGGAUCUGUGCUGUCCAAAGGGCCGGAGAAACGUGGAAUGAUUUUUGUGUUUGUGUGUUCAUCAAUAAUUUGUGAAACUGGAAAUAAACAUGUCACGACGGGAGGACGCAAAAGUCCAGCAGCCUCAUAAAGACAUCAGUCUGGUGCUGCUGGGAUUGAACAACAACAAAUGUAUGAUAGGCAACGCAAUUCUUCAAGAAGAUUGGUUUGGUGCUGGAAAAGAAAGGCACACAAAGGUGAAACAAGUAGAAGAUCGGUCGAUCUGCGUUAUCAACACUCCAGAUAAUCUCUGCUGGCCGAACCCAAAACCAGAUGAGCUGAACCCAUCAUAUCCAGAUCCACGUGUGUUUCUCCUGGUGCUAGAAGAUAACAAGCUCUCACAAGAAGAAGUGAAGAUACUGGACUGCCUGAAAGAGAGAUUUGGAGAGAAAAUGGUUGAAAAUACGAUCGUUGUACUGGUAAGAGGUGAAGCGGAACGUUCUGGAGAGCCAAAUGAGCGAGCGGAUGAGAGCCUGGAAAAAGUUCUGGAUGAGUGCGGAACGAGAGUUUGUGUUUAUAAGAAGAAUCAAGACAUGAAAGAAUCUGAGCUGAUGAAACAGCUAAUGGAGAUAUGGGACAACAUGGAAGCAAACUCUGCAUCUGGAGCGCACGUGUACGAGGAGGUUGAUGACAUUGGACUAAUGAAGAUGAAGCAGACAGAUGAACGCAAUGCUGCAGACAUCACAGUGGUGUUGCUGGGAAAGAACAACGAUGACAAGUGUCUGAUAGGAAACAUCAUUCUCGGGGAAGAGCGAUUCCAGUCAGAGAGUGCCGCUCUCGAGACGAAUGUGGGAGAAGUUGUGGAUCAGAGCGUCUUGAUUAUCAAAACUCCAGACUCGUUCCACUCAGAUGCGAAAUCAUACAUGAUGAGAGAGAUGAAGCCAUCAUACACCGGUCCUCGUGCAUUCCUUUUGCUACUACAAGAAAAUGAGGUGUCUCAAGAAGAAACGACAAUGAUAAAUCAACUAAAGAGGUGGUUUGGAGAUGACAUGGUAAAAACAACAAUUGUGCUGGUUGACCGUGAAAAACUGUCUUCACAUUCGCUGGACAAAUUUAUAGUGAACUUCACUAAAGAUCUUCUAGAGGAAUGUGGAAACCGUGUUUGCUAUUACAACAGAGACAUAAGACAUAAUAAACUGGUUAAAGAACUGAUGAAAUACACAACGGAAAUCUUCCAGAGGGAUCAGGCUUCAAAACAUGCUGGAGAAAGAUCCGACAGUCUCAGAGUCCCACCCGUUAACUUCAUGGGACCAAAUGAAAAGAGUUCUCCUUUAAAACUGCAUGUGGAGCCAACACCAAACAAGUCAGGUGAAAAACAAGCGGAAGUGUUAGUUCAUCAGGAGCAUCCGGGACCAGUUCAUCAGGAGCGCAUGGCUGCCUCCUCCACCAUGACCAUUGUGCUGCUGGGACAGACAGGAAGUGGGAAGAGCGCUACAGGAAACACCAUCCUUGGAAAGCAGUAUUUUGAGUCUCACGCCAGUUCUGUGCCAGUAACUCAGGUGUGCCAGAAAGAAGAAGUCAAAGUGUGUGGAGUGAAGAUCACGGUCGUAGACACCCCAGAUUUCUUUAAUGAAGAUCUUAAAAACCGAGAGGACCAGCUGAGAUCAUGCAAAGAUCUCAUUCAGCGCGGGCCUGUUGUGUAUUUACUGGUGAUGGAGCUCGGCCGUUUCACAGAUGGAGAGAGAGAGGUUCUGCCACGCUUGAAGAAAGAGUUUGGUGAGGACAUGACCGCAAAAACUGUGAUUCUUUUUACCAAUAAAGAGAAACUGACUGGCAAGACUUUGAAUGAUUACAUCAACGAAACCGAUGAAGAACUUAAGAAACUGAUCCAAACCUGUCACUCAAGGUGUUGCGCAUUUAACAACAACAAGAAAAACAAUCAUCAGGUAAAGGAACUCAUGGACGUCAUUUUGAGGACUGACAGAAAUAUGCUGAUAGAGAAAUCUUCACAUCAUAAGAAACAUAUCAACCCCUCACACAAGGUUAAAGUCGGCAAAAUUUGUAUUAUUUCGUAAAUAAUACAAAAAAAUGUGUGGAUCUGUGUCUAGCAAAGAUGUCUAAUUACUGAAUCCUUUCCUUUUCUUAUUUCAUGUAUAUGUAUAUGAAAUGUGUCUAUGCAGUGAAUGAUGAUGUUGCAAUGACUUUAAGACUGGAAUGAAAUGCAAAACCCCGUACACAAGUAGAUUUUACAAAAGAUGUGACCGUCUAAAUAAAAAUA